CAAAACGUAAAGGACCCGCUCUUUGAUGCCAUACCGUGGUGCUGCGCAGGUGUGUCGCCAUUAUGCUGACCUGCCCCCCCUGACCUUGGAUGGCAUCAAAGAGCGGGUCCUUUACGUUUUGAAACUGUACGAUAAGAUAGAUCCGGAAAAGCUCUCAGCAGAUUCCCACUUCAUGAAAGAUCUGGGCCUGGACAGCUUGGACCAAGUGGAGAUCAUCAUGGCGAUGGAAGAUGAAUUUGGAUUUGAAAUUCCUGAUGUGGAUGCAGAGAAGCUGAUGUGUCCGCAAGAGAUUGUCGAUUAUAUUGCUGAUAAGAAAGAUGUGUAUGAAUAAGCGUUUCUUGCAAGCCGAGCACUUCUGUUCCUCCCCGAGGGCUCUGAUGGUGGACGCAGCAAGGGGGACAGUGCCAGGCGAGUCCCUGUGCUGUAGCGAAUCACUGUUGCUCUCAGAUGAGCAGUUCUGUUGGCUGCUGUAUGUAAAGCUGUAUAAAUAUGUGUUGGCCUUCAAAAUAAAUCAUUCAUGCCGA